GUUUGUUGUUGUUUUGAUGAACAUCAACCAGUCGGCCAUUCGUCCCCUUGGAAACGUUCUUGUGCGCCGCGCAAUUUGUGCAAAUGGAAUCGAAAGAUGACGAUUAUUGGAACGAUUCGGCAAACAAAUCAUUCAACUUUGAUGAAGAUGAUGUGGCCGUGCUCGAAAUAGCGACCAACAACAAACGUACCCUGUUCGGGGAGGACACUGCAUCGGAGGCAAACUAUGGCACGGGUCAGAUCGAACUCCCACUCCACACGAUCAUUUCGGACGAAAAUCUCGAGCUGAUAUUGCAGGAGCAGUCACGCAAUGAAAUGACCAUCCCGAAGGGCAUCUCGCUCGAGGAGGAAGUGAAGCUGCUGCGAAAAAAGAUACAGGAGUUUAACUACGCACCAUCCACGGAAUCGGUCGUGCGGAAGCUUAUCCUUGGAAAACCAUGCUCCCUGGAAAUGUUUCGCUCGAUGGCGGAAAAGGAGCAACUGCUCGACGAGGCCAUCGCGUCCGGCAGCGGUAAUGCGAUUCUGAAAGUGACCCUCUUCCUCGACCAAACGCUGAAGAAGAAACUCUUCUACACGCUCCUUCAAACGCGGCCGGAAGCCGUCUAUCAUUAUGUGAAUUAUUUGUCGCUUCGAUUAAAAGUGACCGAAUGUACCGAUUUGUUGGUAUUUCUAGGCCGACACCACGAAGCGAGCUUGCUUCAAUUUUCCAUAUUUGUGUGCAGCACAUCGAAUCUCGAUAUAAAGCGGCAACGGCUGAAAAAGAUUUACAGCGACUAUUUCUCUCAGCCGGGCGCGAACUCGUUCUACGCGCAAUUGGUGGCCAACUAUAUGAAUCUGUUAGAAUAUCAAAUGGGCGAGCUCCAUUCGUCGGGCGGCGGCAGCAAAGCGGUCGCCAUUCAGGAUAAGUCGGUGCUGGAAACGUUAAACUACGUCUGCGGGAAGUACAAAUGGGGCGACACCUCGCUGCAGACGAACGACAACCCGUUCAAGCUGAGCGAGUACCACCAGGUCUCGCAGGCCCAGUUCGAAUGGAUCGCCUUGAAUGAACGUGCGAAGCAGCAGGCGUGGCUAGACUUUGACCACAUUUUUGAGCGUAAAGCGUGGUUGAAUUUAAAGCAAAAGUCAUUUAAAAUUAACAUUCCCAUCGAUCGUACGAUAUUGCGGCUGCAUGCACUGCACGCACCGGAUCCGGUUCUGAACACAUUCCUCGCGAAGGUAGAGGAUCCGCAAAGGCGGCUGGCACUUGCGAGGAAGGUACAAUCCAAGCACGGCAUUGUGGAUGCGCUGGUGCUGCUGAAAGAUCGCGCCGAGCUGGAGGCUUACCGAAGCACACUGGAUAGUGGGACGGAGGAACGUUUGUAUGCGGAAAAUGCUCUUAAAUCAUUGAACAACAAAUGGAAAAGUGAUGCAAUGAAGUUAAUAAAAUGAUGAUGAAAUAAAUACAACGCAACGCGUUAUUCGAAUGAA